AUGACAACACGCGACAACUAUCCACCAGCAACAUGGCCAGCAUUACCCAACUUUGAACUCCCUGCAGCAUUGGACUUUCUCAAAUUGAAAAACUUCCCACUCAAAGUCUAUCCAGCCGUUUACGAUCGUCCCAAAUUGCAGCAUGACACGUUGUACAUUCACGGCCCCGGUUGGAGAAAAUCGAGUGCCAGCUUCGACGCCGAUUGCUUACAGAUUCAGAUCUAUCUCAAGUUUUGUGGGAUCAACUUUGAAGUACAUAACGGCAACGAGCCUCUCGCAUCACCGUCAGGCAAACUCCCUUUCUUGGCUACUGUAACAGGGGCUAUUUAUGACAGCGAUCGCAUUCUGCAAUGGGUGGAUGAAAUGGACAAGGCCAAGAAACUCGCUUCCACAAAAGAUCAAGAACAAGCAAAGGCUUUUAUUGCACUUGCACGUACCAAAUUACAUGCAGCAUGGCUUUUCUCUACAUGGCUUGAACCUCUCAACUACUCAGAAUACACCGCCGACGCCUAUUUCAGUCAUGUCCCUACUCCUGUGAACAAGCUAUUAGCCUAUCAAAAGCAAAACCAAGUGACUCAAACGUUGUUGACGGAUCGCGAUAUCCUUGUUCGUGAAGAGGUCUAUCAUGACGCAGCUCAAACCUUGGAAGCUCUUUCAACAAAGCUUGGUGAUGACAAGUACUUUUUUGGAUCAACAGAACCUACUUGGAUUGAUGCAGUGAUCUUUUCGUACCUUCAUGCUAUCAUGUCAUAUCCUACCAUCCCCGGAAGCACAUUGGGUGACGAAGAGAAGAAGCAAGCUGGUGAGCUAAGAGCUCUCGUUCGCAAGCAUGAAAACCUCGUUCAGUACGCCAAAAACAUAUAUGAAACAUGGCUUAAAUAG